AAAGUUUCUUUAAUACUGUAAAGUGUGUGUGUGCGCGUGACAUCCGCUCUCAGAAGUGAAUGCAGCAGGUGUGUUCAGAUCUGAUGAAGUCCACACCCCUCACAUCCUCGUUCCUCUGAACACUUCACACACGAGUGAAUUAAACACACUUCUCAGGUCAUGUUGCGCGUGGCGCUCGAGUCCGCGGCCGGUCUGCCCAAGAAGAAGCUCGGCAGCCCCGAUCCCGUCACAUCUGUCGUGUUUAAAGAGCAAAAGAAGAAGACCAAAAGCAUCAGCAAUGAAGUGAAUCCGGUGUGGAAUGAGACACUAGAGUUUGAUCUUAAAGGUGUUCCUCUGGAUUCUGCGUCUUACAUCGAUGUGAUUGUAAAAGAUUUCGAGACUCUUGGCAAAGACAAGUUUAUUGGAAGUGUAAAAGUGUCUCUGAAGGAUCUUGCUGGUGGUCAGGUGAAGUCUCUGCCGCUGAAAAACUCUCCUCUGCUGGAUGAAAGUGGAAAGAACAUCGGAGCCACUAUCAGUAUGGUGAUCGCUUAUGAGCCACCGGUCAGCUCUGUGUCAAACGCACCUGAUCAGCCGGACGGAGGCGGGCACACCGCGGGAGAUGCAGACGGUACUGAUGCUGGCGUGACGUCUGCUGAAUCUGGACCGAGACUGAAGAUCAGCGGCAGAAAACCUCAUAGUCUGCCUAAUAAACCUCAGGACUUUCAGAUCCGUGUGCGGGUGAUCGAGGGCCGUCAGUUAUCUGGAAAUAACAUCAGACCUGUGGUGAAGGUUCACUUGUGUUCAGAGACUCACAGAACACGCAUUAAGAAAGGAAACAAUCCCUACUUUGACCAGAUCUUCUUCUUUAAUGUCAACAUGUUACCGUCAGAUCUGUUUGAUGAAAACAUCAGUUUUCGGGUUUAUAAUGCGUCUUCAUUCAGAGCAGACAGUCUGAUGGGAGAAUUUAAGAUUGAUGUGAGUUACAUCUAUGAAGAAACAGCUCAUUGUCUCAUGAAGAAAUGGGUUCUUCUGAGUGAUCCUGAUGACUCCAGCUCUGGAGCGAAGGGCUAUCUUAAAGUCAGCAUGUUUGUGUUGGGAUCAGGAGAUGAAGCACCUGUGGAGAAGAAGGAACAGGACAAUGAUAAAGAUGACGUGGAGAGUAAUCUGCUGCUGCCCGCUGGUGUCUCUCUCAGAUGGGUCACGCUCAAUGUGAAAGUGUUUCGAGCCGAGGACAUCCCUCAGAUGGACGACUCCAUCAGUCAAACUAUAAAGGAAGUGUUUGGUGGUCAGGAAAAUAAGAAAAAUCUGGUGGAUCCAUUUGUUGAGGUGUCAUUUGCUGGAAAAAAGCUGUCCACACAAAUCAUAGAGAAGAAUGCAAACCCUGAGUGGAAUCAGCAGCUCAAUCUUCAGGUUAAGUUCCCGUCCAUGUGUGACAGAAUAAAGCUGACUGUGUUUGACUGGGAUCGUCUCUCUGGGAAUGAUGCCAUAGGCACCACAUAUCUGGAUCUGACCAAAAUAGCGUCCUCUGGUGGUGAAGUUGAAGAGGAUCUGUCAGAAUAUGGAGUGUCAUCAAAAACAGGAGAGACGGGGGAAUCUGAGAUGGGCUUUCUGCCCACGUUUGGCCCGUGUUACAUCAAUCUGUACGGCAGUCUGAGAGAAUUCACAAACUUAUCUGACCCAUAUGAAGAGCUGAAUUUAGGCAAGACUGAAGGAGCCGCUUACAGAGGCAGGAUUCUGAUUGAACUCUCCACUAAACUAGAUGGAAAGGCUGAGAAGAGUGUUGAAGACCUGUCCAGUGAUGAUGUGUUGGUUGUUCAGAAAUACCAGCGCAGACGGAAGUUUUGUCUGUGUGCAGUGUUCCACAGCGCCACUAUGAUACAAGAACCUGGAGAACCCAUUCAGUUUGAAGUCAGCAUCGGAAACUACGGCAACAUAAUGGAUUCCACAUGUAAACCUCUGGCCUCCAGCACUCAGUUCAGCUGCGCCAUGUUUGACGGUAAUAAUUAUUAUUAUCUGCCGUGGGGCGACACUAAACCUGUGGUGGCCAUCACAUCCUUCUGGGAGGACAUCAGUCAUCGCUUGGAUUCCCUCAACAUUCUCCUCUACAUCUCUGAACGUUUACAAACAAACCUGACUCUGUUAAAGACAGAGAUUCAGUCCAAAGCCUCGGACACCAGACUGGUGGAGAUCUGGAUGAGACUCAUCAAUCACUUACUGGAAGAUCUCAGCAGCUGUAAAAUUCCCGAUCUGGAGGGGAAGCCCAACCUCACGGCUCUGGACAUUCAGAUGAAGAAGUUACGGGACGGUUGUCUGAAGAACAUCUUUGAUGGAGCCAGACUUCUGUUUGAAGAGGCCACAGACGUUCAGAAGUGUGUGAGCAUCAUUGAGAGCUGGCUGAACAAACUCAAACAACUGGCUGAAGAGCCUCAGAACAGUAUGCCUGAUGUGAUCAUCUGGAUGUUGAGAGGAGAGAAGAGGGUAGCCUACGCUCGCGUCCCGGCUCAUCACAUCCUCUUUUCAUCUCACAGUCAACAGGCGUGUGGACGAGACUGCGGCAGAACUCGAAGCAUCUUCAUGCAGUUUCCCAUGGACAAGAACGAGGGUUUGAAGAUUCCCGCUCAGAUCCGUGUCAACAUGUGGCUGGGUCUGGCUGCAGAUGAGAAGAAGUUUAAUCCGUUUGCCGAGGGGACCUUUAAUGUGUUUGCAGAACUGUAUGAGAAUCAGGCGCAGGUUUUGGGGAAAUGGGGGACGACUGGACUGUUGAACCGCAGUAAAUUCUCUGACGUGACGGGGAAGGUCAAACUGAAGCAGGAGUAUUUUCUGCCCCCUGUGGGUUGGGAGUGGGAAGGAGAAUGGAAAGUUGAUCCAGAAAGAUCUCUUCUGGCUGAAGCGGACGCUGGACACACAGAGUUUCUGGAUGAGGUUUAUGAGAACGAGAGCAGAUUCCCAGGAGGAGAAUGGAAGCCUGCGGCUGAAUCCUACACUGAUGUGAAUGGAGAGAAGGUUCAGAGUCCUGCUGAGGUCCAGUGUCCGGCCGGCUGGCAGUGGCAGGAGAACUGGACCUCUGAUGUGAACAGAGCCGUGGACGAGAAAGGUUGGGAAUAUGGAGUCACGGUCCCACCUGAUAACAAACCCAAAUCCUGGGUGCCUGCUGAGAAGAUGUACCACGUGCACCGGCGCAGAAGAAUGAUCCGCCCUCGCAAGAAGACUCCCGGUGCCAAGACGGCGGCCGAUAAGAAAGAUGAUGCAGAUCCAGAGGGCUGGGAAUACUCGUCUCUCAUUGGCUGGAAGUUUCAUCAGCAGCAGCGCUCAUCUGACACGUUCAGACGUCGCCGAUGGAGGAGGAGGAUGUCGCCGGCCGAACGACUUGGAGCGUCAGCCAUCUUCAGACUGGAGGGGGCGCUGGGAGUGGACACAGAGUCUAAAGCUGAAGAGAAAACGUCUAAAGCAGAUUCUUCCCUUCAGUUUGGAGGAAACACACCCACUGCGUCGUGUACAUUUGAGCGAUUGUACACGUAUCAUCUGAGGGUUCAUGUGUUUCAGGCCAGAAAUCUUCCAGCUCUGGAUAAAGACAGCUACUCAGACCCGUAUGUUCACGUCUCAUUCCUGCAUCAGAGUCAGACAACUGAGACCAUCAAAAGCACCCUCAACCCCACCUGGGAUCAGACAUUGAUCUUUAAAAACCUGGAGAUUUACGGAGACCCUCAGACUCUGGCUCAGAGCCCACCGCUAGUGCUUCUGGAAAUCUUUGACAGCGAUCAAGUGGGUAAAGAUGAGAUGUUGGGCAGGUGUUCAUGUGUUCCUGUGGUGACUCUGAAGUCCAGUAUGGAUUGUGUGAGUGUGAAGCUUCAGUGGGAGUGUGUGAUGAAGAAAAGCGUGUCUGCUGGUGAAGUGCUGGUGGCCGCCGAGCUCUUCUUAAAGGGAAGUGAUGUUGAAGUCCCCAUCGCUCCGCCUAAAAGAAAAGACACACUUUACAUGGUUCCUCAGGGAAUUCGGCCAGUGGUGCAGCUCACUGCCAUAGAGGUUCUGGCGUGGGGUUUGCGGAACAUGAAGACGUAUCAGCUGGCUCCCGUCACCUCACCCAGUCUGGUGGUGGAGUGUGGAGGAGAGAGAGUUCAGACGGCGGUCAUUAAAAACAUCAAGAAGAGCCCCAACUUCCCAGGAAACGUUCUCAUGUUAAAAGUGUUUCUACCUAAAGAGGAGAUGUACACUCCACCUAUCGUGCUGAAGGUGAUCGAUCACAGACCGUUCGGCAGGAAGCCUGUGGUGGGUCAGUGUGUCAUCACUCAUCUGGAUGAGUUUCGAUGUGAUCCGUACGUCACCACAGCUGAAGUUGCUCUGUCUUCUAAAGUGGCUUUAAUGGCAGCUGCUCCCAGAGAUCUUCACGUGAACAUUGAAGACGGCAGAGAGACUCUUCUGGAAGCUCAGCAGCGUGAGAAGGAGAAAGAGACCGUGGAUUGGUGGAGUAAGUUUUAUGCCUCUAUCGGCGAACGUAACAAGUGUCGCCCGUACCUGGAGAAAGGUUACGACAUGCUGGAGGUGUACGAUACCGAGCUGGAAAAUGUGAUGCAGUUCAUGGGUCUGAGUGAUUUCUGCAAAACCUUCAAACUGAAUCGUGGGAAAUGUGACGUGGAUGAUGAAGACCCGGAAGUGGUGGGUGAAUUUAAGGGCUCUUUCAAGAUCUACCUGUUACCCAAUGACCCCGGGGUGACCCCUCCGCCCCAGCAGUUCACAGAGCUGCCCGACAGCGGACCGCAGGAGUGUGUCGUCAAGAUCUACGUGGUUCAAGCUGUGGAUCUUCAACCCAAAGACAACAACGGCAAAUGUGACCCCUACAUCAAGAUCUCUUUGGGGAAAAAAUCCAUGGAUGACCGAGACAACUACAUCCCCAAUACUCUGAGUCCCGUGUUCGGAAGAUUGUUUGAGAUGACCUGCUUCUUACCUCAGGACAAAGACCUGAAGAUCGCCAUCUAUGACUUUGAUCUGUUGAGUCGUGAUGAGAAGGUCGGCGAGACGGUCAUCGAUCUGGAGAACCGUCUGCUGUCUUACUUCGGUUCUUACUGUGGUUUGCCGCAGACGUACUGCAUUUCUGGAUCCAAUCAGUGGCGUGAUCAGCUCAGACCGUCUCAGAUCCUUCAGCAUCACGCCCGACUGAAAGGACUGAGUCCACCCAGGAGUGAAGACAACGGAAACACGCUAACGUUUGCUGGGCGACUCUAUUGCCUCUCUGACUUUGAAGCGAACAAGGAACUUCAUCAGCAUCUGGGUCCUGCGAGUGAACGGAUGGCUCUACACGUGCUCAGAUCUCAAGGUCUUGUUCCAGAACACGUGGAGACCAGAACUCUGUACAGCAGCUUCCAGCCGACGCUCCCGCAGGGGAGACUUCAGAUGUGGGUUGACAUUUUCCCCAAGAGCCUCGGGCCUUCUGGACCUCCGUUCGACAUAUCACCACGCAAGGCCAAAAAGUAUUUUCUGCGUGUCAUCGUGUGGAACACCACGGAUGUAGUUUUGGAUGAAACCAGCAUUACUGGAGAGCGCAUGAGCGACGUCUAUGUGAAGGGGUGGAUGGCAGGAAUGGAAGAAGAUAAACAAAAGACAGACGUGCACUACAGAUCUCUGGAUGGUGAUGGAAACUUUAACUGGAGAUUUGUGUUUGGAUUCGAGUAUCUGCCUGCAGAGCAACUCUGUCUUGUGUCGAAAAAGGAACACUUCUGGAACCUUGACAAAACUGAGUUGAGAAUUCCCCCCAAACUGAAUAUUCAGAUAUGGGACAAUGAUAAAUUCUCUCUGGACGAUUAUCUGGGUGCUAUUGAACUUGAUCUGCAACGACUCAUCAAUCCUGCCAAAGCAUCAGAGAAAUGUUCUCUCGCCAUGUUGCCUGAUGAGAUGAGUCCUCCAAAAUCAGAACCCAAGUCUCUGUUUGAGCAGAAGUCAGUGAGAGGAUGGUGGCCGUGUUACAUGGAGACGAACGGAAAGAGGGAGCUGGGUGGGAAGGUUGAGUUGACUCUAGAGAUUGUGAAUGAGAAGGAAGGGGAUGAAAGACCUGCUGGAAAAGGCAGAGAUGAACCCAAUAUGAACCCCAAGCUGGAUCCUCCCAAGCGACCUGAAACCUCUUUCUUUUGGUUCACUAAUCCGUGCAAGACCUGCAAAUUCAUCGUCUGGCGCAAAUUUAAGUGGCUGUUCCUCGGCUCAAUCCUUCUGAUCUUAGUGCUGUUAUUCAUUGGAAUCCUGCUCUAUUCAUUACCUAACUACAUUUCUAUGAAAAUUGUCAAACCCUUUCAAUGAGAAUGAGGUUCCACUGUGUUGUUCAUGCAUCAAUGGGGAUCACAACAUCAAUAACACAAACCUAUUCUAUUAAUAUGUUUGCUGUGAAAUGUUCAUGUUUUUAAUGAUUUACACACAUGCAUUAACACAACGUUCAUUGUGUUGUGUCUGUUCAGUCACUUUUGCUUGUUGCACGUAUAUAUCUUGCAUAUCUUACAUCAUGCAUUUAUCCAGUUGUUGUUGUUGUUUUGCGGACAUCUCUAAAAUGUUUGUGCACAACCCAUGAAGUGUUUCAAUUGUGGAAAAAGAUGUUUAACUUUUAUUGUAUUAAAAUAUCGGAUCAUUUUCAAGUUUUGUUGGCUGGGAAUAAAACGGUGUCAAAAAAGACUUGAUUAUA